CCCGUCUACUGGUGGGUCGUGUAUUCGUGCACUCGGCAAGGAUAUGCAUAGCGAAACCUGAACCCUAUUGCCAAUAAUGCUCGUGCCGCAGGCUGCGCCACGCAUAUCGCCGCCGUGUCCAAAGUCCGUCACGGUGCAGCAGCCGCCUCGGCUGAUAUGCAAAAAGAAUGUUGUCUAUUGCGAGAAAACGAUAGAAGAGCCGAUGGUUGUGAAUCGCUGCAGGAAAAUUACCAUACCCAAGGUCGUAGAAACGACGCGUGUGAUACAGGUGCCCAAGCUCAUAUGGGUUCCGCAGAUGGUUCGCGAGCCAAGGGUCAUCUACUAUCCGUCGACAGUACCAGAUCCUUAUAUGGUGUGCCAUCCAAAGAAAGUCUGCGAGCCGCGAGAGGUGUGCCAGACGCUGCUCUGCCAGCCAAAGCCACAGAUUAUUGACGUACCACCGCCUAACGAGUACUGCUGCUAUGCGAAUGGGCCGGUCGGCUUCGCGGCCAGCCCUUCAUGUCCACCAUUGAGCGGAAAUUAUUGCAGUCCAAUGUCCACCUUUGGUCCAUCGUACGCCCAUCAGUAUCGUACGAGUGAACGUCUACCUUGCGGACCCUGUGGGCCUUAA